GAAAAGAACAAUGUAGGACCCGAGUUGGGGGGACUAUCAUUAUCAUUAUUCUUGUUCUUAUUUCUUACCAUUGUGUACUGCCUUUACAUUUCUGAAUAGCUUCAUGAUCCCUCUUUACAGAACUGAUCUGUAGAUCGAGCACAGCAAAGAGAGAUGGAAGACGACCACGCCACUUCCGUUUCAUUGGCUCCCGCUUUUAGGCACCGGUGGGACGUGUUCCUGAACUUCAUAGGCGAAGAAACCCGCCCUAGCUUUACUUACAACCUCUGCGACUCGCUCGAGAAACACCACGUCCGAGUCUUCUUCCAAGACCACGGGCAGAAGGGCGGGAACGAGAUCUCGCCGUCUCUGCUUGAGGCCAUCGAGGACUCGGCUGCUUCCAUCGCCAUCUUCUCCCCAAACUACGCGUCGUCCUCUCGGUGCCUGGUGGAGCUUUCCAAGAUAUGCGAGUGUAGGAGGCGCCUUCUCCCCGUGUUCUACCGAGUCACGCCGUCGGAUGUACGACAUCAGCGUGGGCCGUUCGAAGAACAUAUUAGAAACCAUGAAGAGAGGUUUGGAGUGACCACGGUUAGUAAGUGGAGGACAGCCAUGAAAAAGGCCGGUGGAAUCUCUGGUUGGGUUUUCGACGACAGUGGCAGCGAUGAGGUGCAAGCGAAGUUGAUUGAAUCUUUAGUCCAGAGGGUAUUGUCUGAAUUGGCCAUUACUCCAGUGGAUGUUGCUGCAUAUACAGUUGGACUUGAUUCUCGGAUUAAAGAACUGAUGCGUGGGUUGGAUUUAAAUUCCAAAGGCAUUCGAGUUCUUGGAUUAUAUGGGAUGGGUGGGGUUGGAAAAACAACCCUUGCCAAGGCUCUUUGUAACAAACUUGUUGCCCACUUUGACUGCCUCAGUUUCAUUUCCAAAAUUAGAGAAAACUCUGCGAACGAUGCUGAUUUAGUAUCCCUACAGAACAAACUUAUCCGUGACCUAUCUUCGGGUAAGUUAACUGUAUAUUCUACCCCUGCAAUUGAAGAAGUACUUCAAGAGAAGCGAGUUCUUGUUGUUUUGGAUGAUGUUGACAUGAUAAGUAAGCUCGUUGCAUUAAUUGGGAGAAUAGAAUGGUUUUGUGAAGGAAGUAGAAUCAUCGUAACCACAAGAGACAGAGAAGUUUUACCUGAACAUCUUGUGAAUGAGUUUUAUGAGGUCAGAGAGUUGGGAGAGUCUGAAGCCCUAGAACUUUUUAGCUACCAUUCACAAAGGAGAAAAAGACCCACUGACAAAUUUUCAAAUAUGUCCAAGCAAAUCGUGUCCCUUACAGGGGGUCUACCAUUGGCUCUGGAAGUAUUUGGUUCUUUCUUGUUCGAUAAGAGGAGAGUAGAGGAAUGGGAAGGUGCUCUACAAAAGUUGAAAGAGAUUCGUCCCCGCCAUCUUCAGGACGUUUUGAAGAUAAGUUUUGAUGGGCUAGAUUCACAAGAGAAGUGCAUAUUCCUUGACAUUGCAUGUUUAUUCAUUAAAAUGAAAAUGAAGAGAAAGGAUGUUAUUGAGGUGUUAAAAGGUUGCGGUUUUAGGGCCGAGAUAGCAGUCAGAGAACUCAUAGCAAAAUCGCUCAUCAAGGUCACCCAGGAAAACGCUGUGUGGAUGCAUGAUCAAGUUAGAGACAUGGGAAAACAAAUUGUUCUAGAGGAUAGCCCUGUGAAUCCUGGCAUGCGAAGCAGACUGUGGGAUCGUGAUGAGAUCAUGACUAUCUUGAAGGAUGAGAAGGGAACAGGAUCUAUAGAAGGGAUCGUCCUAGACUUUCAAAGCAAGCCCCUUGUGCAGGAUAAAAGCGGUGACAUAACUGCUUGGGAAAAUUUUAAGAGGUCGCCCAGUUUCAACUCUGCAUUGACAUAUAUGGAAGAAAGGUAUAAGAAGUUUCUUGAAACUAAAGCAGAAAGACAGAGGGAGAUAAAACUAUGCACGAAGUCCUUUGAAUCUAUGGUUCACCUAAGACUUCUGCAAAUCAAUUAUACAAGAAUGGUAGGAAAGUAUAAAUAUCUUCCUGCAGAACUGAAGUGGCUACAGUGGAAAGGGUGUCCUUUCAAAAGUAUUCCUUCUGAUUUUUCUCCACGGGAACUUGCUGUCCUUGACCUCUCAGACAGCAAAAUUGAACAAGUGUGGGGUUCGUAUAGUAACAAGGUUGCUGAGAAGUUGAUGGUCAUGAAUUUCCACGAUUGCUAUAAUCUUUCUGCUAUUCCUGAUUUAUCUGGCCAUCAAACAUUGGAAAAGAUUGAUCUUGAGCAUUGCCACAGUCUAACUAAUAUUCAUGAAUCAAUAGGAAAUGUGAGUACAUUACUUCAUUUAAACCUAAGAUCUUGUUGGAACCUUACUGAGUUUCCUGCUGAAGUCUCUGGACUGAAAAAUUUAGAGAAUUUCAUCCUCUCUGAUUGUUCAAAAUUGAAACAAUUACCAAUGGACAUAGGCAGCAUGAGAUCUCUAAAAGAACUUCUCGCUGAUGACACCGCUAUAGCGGAGCUCCCUGAAUCCAUUUCUGGCCUUGCUAAACUUGAAAAUCUUAGUCUAAAACGUUGUGGGUUCUUAAGAAGACUACCCAACUGCAUUGGAAAGCUUUCUUCCCUGAAAGAACUCUCACUUGAUCAUUCUGCAGUAGAAGAAAUACCUGAGUCUGUUGGAGAUUUAUUAAACCUUGAGAAACUAGGUUUAACGGGUUGUAAAUCAGUCACUUCAAUUCCAGAUUCUGUUGGCAAUCUCAUAUCAUUGUCAGAACUUCUCCUUAAUGGUUGUGCAAUCCAUAAACUGCCUGAUUCCAUUGGUUCAUUAUCAUAUUUGAAGGACUUGUUAGUAGGAAACUGUCGGUUUCUGAGUAAAUUGCCUGAUUCAACUGAAGGACUAGCGUCUAUGGUUCAGCUUCAACUGGAUAAGACAUCAAUAAAGAAUUUGCCGGAUCAGAUAGGUGCCUUGAAAAUGCUAAGGAAGCUUGAGAUGAGUAACUGCAAAGAUCUUAUAUCUUUACCAAAAUCAAUUGGAAACAUGUUGGCCCUUACUACUUUGAACCUAUACAAUGCCAACAUUUAUGAAUUGCCAGCAUCGAUAGGGAUGCUGGAAAAUCUUAUUUCAUUAAGAUUGACUAAAUGCACCCAGCUCCAUGAACUUCCUGCUUCAAUAGGAAAUUUGAAGUCUUUGCAAUCCUUGAUGAUGGCAGAAACUGCUGUGACAGAACUACCUGAAAGCUUUGGUAUGCUCUCAAGUUUAAAGAGAUUAGAAAUGGGCAAGGACCCUCAUCAGGAGUUAGCUAGAAACAGAAUUCCUGAGGAGCUUGUAACUGCAACUGCACAAGAGGAACCUAAUCCAGUCAGACUUCUGACGUCUUUUUCCAAUUUAUGCUCGCUACAAGAGCUGGAUGCUCGCGCAUGGAAGUUACGUGGUAGAAUCCCUGAUGAUUUCGAAAAGUUGUCAUCAUUGCAGAAUUUGAAUCUAGGCAACAAUGAUUUCAUCAGCCUUCCAUCGAGCUUAAGGGGCCUCUCGCUUCUCAAAAAGCUUUUAUUGCCCGACUGCAAAGAGCUCACGUCUCUUCCUCCACUUCCCUCUAGCAUGGUGAAUGUGAAUGUUGCAAACUGUACAGCAUUGGAAACGGUGUCUGACCUUUCUAACCUGGAAAGCUUGUGGGAGCUGAACCUUACGAACUGUGACAAGGUGGUGGAUAUUCCGGGCCUUGAAGGCUUGAAGUCCUUGAGAAGGUUGUUCAUGACUGGUUGCAGAACAUGCUCGUCCGCAGUAAGAAAAAGGCUUUCUAAGGUUUGUUUGAGGAAUUUACACUCUCUGAGUAUGCCAGGAAGCAAAAUUCCAGAUUGGUUUUCUGGAGAGGUGGUUACAUUUUCAGAACGCAAGAACCGUGCGAUCAAAGGUGUGAUAAUAGGUGUUGUUGUCUCUGUCAACAAUCAAAUACAAGAUGAGUUAAGAGAUCGACUCCCUUUGAUAUAUGGUAUACGAGCACAUAUUACCAAACUGAAUCAACCUAUAUUCAGUACAAUGUUGGAGUUAAAGGGAAUCCCAAAGGUGGACGAAGAUCACCUUUAUUUGUGUCGUUUUCACGAUUAUCGCCCUUUAGUAACUCAGUUGAAGGAUGGUUAUAAGAUACAUGUGACACAGCAAGACCCGCCAUACAUCAAGGGGGUUGAGAUGAAAAAGUGUGGGAUUUAUUUGAUUUUUGAAGGUGAGGAUGAUUAUGAAGGAGAUGAGGAAUCACUGCGUGACAGCCAACUAUCCAUUUCAGAAAAGCUAGCAAAGUUUUUCAGCUCUCUUGGAGAGGAAGAUCACGUCUCUGAAUCUGGUCGUGAAGUGGAAAGCCAAGCGCAAGAGAUUGAGGAACAAGAAGAAAAUAAAGCCUUUAUGUGGGGCCUUACGCGGCUUGUUCGAGGGUGCUUUUGUUUUUGAGAAGCAGUAGCAGCUGCAGCGGCGGCUACCUUGUAGUCUUCAUUUUCCCAGCGUCUGCUUUGUUUGAUGAGAAUGUUAUAAAUUGAAAAAAAAAAAAAAACAGAGGGGGGGAGAGAGAAACAAACCGUGGAAAUUACUGCUCAUAAAAUAAGGUAGGCAGUAAACUUAUGCAUCAGAUCUAUAUAACCACUCUAUGCCAUCCUCCUCCCCCAAGCUCCCAAGCAUAGCUUUAAAGGGGCGGGGUGGUUGUUUCUGAGGCGCUAAGUUGCUUGACAGAAAAGACAUUUGAAUAAUUUGAGUGGUAGAGUAGAGUUUUAAGGAGUUGAUUUGCUAUCCAAGAGUGCAAACCAUCAAAAUUCCUCUCAUUUGUUCUUUUAUUCUCCAGGUUCGUAUGUUUUUGGAAGCAUCUCCUCCGUGGCAUAGAUGCAACCGAAAAUGGAGUCUGCUGGACUCAACUGGAUCGGACCGGAUCGCGUUUUCUCCAAUUUUCCAGAGUCCCAAGAAAGGUCAAGGUUAAGCCGCCUCACACUGGGCUGCACAUCCCUAACUAAUAGAAAAAUGUUAUGUACAACCAGGUUAUAACCCCACCGCGGCCUCGUAUCCUACGUGGCUUAAAAAUAAUACAACGUCGUUUUCUCUUUUGUA